AAUCCCGUACGUCGGCCAUGUGGAUGCAGAACUCGGCGGCAGGCGGCAACUUCCACGACCGCAACCGCUUCGGAUCGCAGUACGCCCAAAGCUCGUACAGUGGCGGGUCAUCGCAUGACGCGGGCGCUAACGCUGGCGACUGGAAGAGCAAGAUCCUCGAGAGCGGCCAAUGGCUCGGCGGUAAAGUCAUCGAGUACGGCGGGAAACUCGCCCGCGGACCCAAUACGGACUCCAUCCCGGACCAGUACGCGCAUGAAAUGCCACGGAAUGAUGGUCGUGCCAAUUGGAUGGCAGAUAUCCGCAGUUCCUCGUCGUCGUACUCUGGAGGCGGCUCUGGAGGGUACGGAGGGGGGUACCAGAACGACUUUGCCACAGAGAGACCCAAGGCGUACUCGGAUUACAACAAGGGGUACUCGGGUAACCCAUCGGGUGGUUAUGAAUCUAAGAGCUUAACCUCCACUGACCAUCACAAGCACCGGCACGUUAAGAAGAAGAGCGAGAGCAAGAAGAGCAAGAAAAGCAGCAAGAAGAGCAAGAAAAAACCACAAAGCGAGAGUGAAAGUCUGUCGGAGAGUGAGAGCGAGGAGCUGUCCAUUUCUGAGUCCUCGGAGACUGAAUCAGCGGACGAACGACGUCACAAGAGCAAGAGUAAGAAAAAAUCCAAGACCAAAAAGCACAAUGGAUUUUACUCGAGUGAGAGCGAAGACGACGUUGGUAAGAGGAAAGCGUCAGCGGAUUAUUCGUUCUCUUUCGACCCAGCCAAGCUGCCUCCUGCACCUGUAGAGGAAAAGAAGGAAACGACCAAGAAAUCCAAGAGCAAGAAGAGCAAGAAGGAAAAAUCUGGAAAGAAGUCGCGUACCCGUCGCCGAUCUGUCGUAUCCACUGACGAGGAAUCUGGAUCGGAGAAGGAACACAGCCGUGCUAAGGCAAAGAAACGCGGCAGCAAGAAGACUGCUGCCAGUCCUGCCAGUGUGGACUUGCUGGGAGUGGAUCUGGAUACUCAGCCAGUGGCACAACCCGCGGCAGCUGUCCAGGAGACGCAGCCGUCGAUCUUCGACACGCCACAGAGCCAGAAUCCUCUGCAAGAUCUUGCCGGCUUGAGCUUUGUCGCUCCUGUUCGUUCUCCUGCGCCAGUGCUUGAUCACAGCGUUGCUGCUUCAGCUUCCAGUGAUGCGCAAUUGCAGGUUCAGCCUCAGCAAACAGAAGCCUUCCGAACGAACCUCUUGCCGGAGAAUAACAUCGUGGACUUUAGCUCUCUAGCGAGGGAGAAGAAGAAGUCGCUGUCUGCCAACCCAGAGGAGAAGCGGACGCUGAACGACCUGCAGAAAGCUCGAGGCGCCGACCAGCCGACGCCUGUGAUGGCCAUGCCGAUGCAGAAUCCGCAGAUGCAACAGCAACAUAACAUGCUGCAAUUGAGUAUGAACAUGAACCAGCUGCAACUCACGGACGGCACCAUGCAACAGCAACUGUACCCGAACAUGCAGAUGCAACAGAUGCAGGGAAUGACUCACCCGCAGAUGAUGAUGAUGCAGCCACAAAUGGCCAUGAUGGCGCAGCCUCAGAUGAUGAACAUACAGAUGAUGCAACAGCAGCAGCUCACCCAAGGCAAUAACACACCCACGGUGCAGUCCACCGGAGCGCAACAGACGAAUGGCAACUCCAACAGCUUGGAUCCAUUCAACCAGAUCCCGUAAAUAGGGCAACAUGGUGUGGGAUUACGCCCAGGUUCGCUAGAGUGUCGUGGCGUUCGUAGUUUUACAAUCUUAACAUGUUUGAUUCUUUUUUAGUUA